AUGCUAGUCAGGGAUUUCUUGAAUAAGCCCUGGGCCGGCAGUGAUUGUCGUCUGCAUAUGGGGAUAUUUGCAACCUCUGUCUUACAACGCUCUAGAAUACAAAUGAAUAAUAUUAGUGAAGGUGUCACGGCUACUGGCCUUAGUCGAGAGAACUUACAAGCUAUAUUUGCUCAUGCUUCAACCGCUACUUCAAGCAGUGAUGUCAGAUCUGCCUCAACGACAGCUCUGACAUCACAAACUCCCUUAUCGCAAGAACAACUUUCUGCUUUAAAAUAUCAGAUAUUGGCCUUUAAGCUAAUAUCUCAUAAUUUAGAGGUUCCUACACCUUUACAACAGGCAAUGUUCUCUCCUGGACAUUCCCAGGGCUUGUCUACUCAGGAAUUGUCGGGGACUCCUUUAACUGGAAAAAUUGUUGAAGCGUCAUAUAAUCAUCAUUCACGGGCAUCACCCACCCCGACAACAGAGACAGUAUCUUCUGCCCAAGCAUCAAUCUCGACGCCCCCUUAUAACGCCUUUACAAAUCCUUUAACUUAUUUAAAACCGGUCAACACCUAUUCUCAUGCAUCCCGUCAACAAAGGAUGUUAAUACCGGCAAUAAUGCCAAUUGGGCUAGAUCCAAAUGAAAUUGCAGCUGAGCGGGAGCGUCAAUUAAAGGCCCGCGCUCUACAAAGAAUUCUUGAACUCGAAUAUACGAUUGAAGCUGGGUCAUAUCAAAACCAGAGUGAGAAAAAUCGAAUACUUAUUCAAUUGAAAGCACUUAAAUUAUUAGAUAAACAAAAAAGGCUGCGUCAAGAAUUUAUCAAAGGCAUGGCAAAAUCUACAACACUGGCUACAACUACAAAUCGUUCUAAUUAUAGAAGGAUGAAAAAACAGUCAAUACGUGAUGCUAGGAUCACAGACAGGCUUGAAAAGCAGCAACGUGAAGAUAGACAACGUCAUCAAAAACAAAAACAUUUAGAUCGAAUACAGAGCAUUUGUAACCAUGGACGAGAAAUGAUUCAAUGGCAUCGUGUAAGCCAAGGGAAACAGCUUAAGCUUGGCCGCACAGUUGUAAAUUAUCAUUCGCAAGUUGAAAAGGAAGAACAAAAGAGGAUGGAGAGAUUAUCUAAAGAACGUCUAAGAGCUUUGAAAAAUGAUGAUGAAGAAGCCUAUUUGAAACUUAUUGAUCAAGUUAAGGAUACAAGAAUUACGCAUUUGUUAAAACAAACAGAUCAAUAUCUAGAUUCUUUAGCCCAAGCUGUUGUUGCUCAACAACGUGAUGAUUUACACAACGAUCCCACUGUAAGAGGUGAAAUUGAAUUAAUGGACGAAGAGGAUGUCAUUGGAGAAGAUGAAAACAUAACUAUCGUGAAUGGAAAAAAGGUCGAUUAUUAUGCUGUUGCCCAUAGAAUUAAAGAAGAAGUUGAACAGCCAGGCAUGUUGAUUGGAGGAAAUUUGAAGGAUUAUCAGGUCAAAGGACUGCAAUGGAUGGUGUCACUGUAUAAUAAUCGACUGAAUGGUAUUCUUGCCGAUGAGAUGGGUCUCGGUAAAACGAUUCAAACCAUAUCUUUAGUUACAUAUUUAAUAGAAAAAAAAAAGCAAAAUGGUCCAUUUUUGAUUGUAGUUCCGUUGUCCACAUUGACAAAUUGGACAAUCGAGUUCGAUAGAUGGGCUCCAACUGUAAGGAAAUGUGUUUACAAGGGUGCACCUAAUACUCGUAAAGAACUUCAACAACAGUUUAUCAAACACGUCGAUUUCCAAGUUCUUCUUACAACAUACGAAUAUAUCAUAAAAGAUAAAUCUAUACUAAGUAAAUUACGAUGGGUAUAUGUGAUUAUUGAUGAAGGCCACCGUAUGAAAAACACUAAGUCCAAAUUAUCCGUAAUUUUGACAAACAAUUAUCAAUGUCGCUAUCGUUUGAUUCUUACGGGAACACCAUUACAGAAUAACUUGCCAGAAUUAUGGUCAUUGUUGAAUUUUAUUUUGCCAAGGAUCUUUGAUUCCGUAAAAAGUUUUGACGAAUGGUUUAAUACACCAUUUGCGAAUGCCGCAGGGCAAGAUAAAAUAGCACUAAACGAAGAAGAAUCGCUACUUAUCAUUCGACGUUUACAUAAGGUGCUGAGGCCGUUCUUAUUACGUCGAUUAAAGAAAGAUGUUGAAUCAGAAUUGCCCGAUAAGGUAGAGACUGUGAUUAAAUGCAAGCUUUCAGCGUUACAACUAAAGCUUUACAGUCAGAUGAAAAAACAUGGCGUACUAUUUGUUAAUACUGGGGAAAAAGGAAAAACCGGAAUCAAGGGUCUUAAUAAUACUAUCAUGCAAUUGAGAAAGAUAUGUAACCACCCAUUUGUUUUUGAAGAAGUUGAAAAAGACAUAAACCCUGGAAACACCAAUACUGCUUUGCUGUACAGAGUAUCUGGAAAGUUUGAGUUAUUGGAUCGUAUAUUGCCUAAAUUCUUUUCCACAGGACACAGAGUCUUGAUUUUUUUCCAAAUGACAGCUAUUAUGACUAUAAUGGAAGAUUAUCUUAAUUGGCGUGGAUUUAAAUAUCUAAGAUUGGAUGGUAACACAAAGGCAGAAAACCGAUCGGAUUUGCUGAAAUCGUUUAAUUCUGUGGAUUCGCCUUAUUUUGUAUUUUUACUUAGUACUAGAGCUGGUGGACUUGGUCUUAAUCUGCAGACAGCUGAUACUGUUAUUAUAUUCGACUCUGAUUGGAACCCUCAUCAGGAUUUGCAAGCACAGGAUCGUGCACAUCGUAUAGGUCAAACUAGAGAAGUCCGUAUAUUACGGUUAAUCUCACAAAAGUCUAUUGAGGAGACCAUUUUGGCUAGAGCUCAAUAUAAAUUGGACAUUGAUGAAAAAGUUAUAAAAGCUGCUCGUAAUGAAGACGAACUUGUUAAAUUCAAAGAAAUGGAUCAAGAAAGGUCACAAAAAGAAGAGGCUGAUUGGAAAAAAUCUGGCGGUAAGGGAAAACGGCCAGAAAGACUAAUAGGGGAAUAUGAAUUACCACCUGUAUAUAUAAAAGAAUACAACACAAUUGUACAACAAGACGAACCAGGAGUAGAAUAUGGCCGUGGUCAAAGACCAAGAGGGUCUGUACAUUAUGAUGAUGGAUUAACUGAAGAGCAGUGGGUUAAUGCUAUUGAAGAUGAAGAUAUUGAUGUCGAAGAGCUAAUUGCUAAAAGACAGGCUGCCAAAAAGCGGCGUUUUGCUAAAAAAUCACAAAAACCUCACAACCCUGGACACCCGGAUAUAUCACAUAUCUCAACACCACAUCCGGAUGAAUCAAGCGCGGAUACAUCGGAAUAUAAAAAGAAACGUGGACGACCACGAAAAGAUGAAAUGCCCAGUGUUGAUGAUGAUAAUGCACACGACAUACAGUCUAAGCAAUCAAAAAAGAAAGGAAAAGGAAAACGAGUUGAAACGAGCGAUUUUGAAACAUUUGAUCAACCAAAAAUUAAAAAACGAAAGCAAUUGCCUAAAAAAUUACAUGAACAAACAUCAUCUGAUACUUUAUCGGCCCAUACUCGGGAUCGGAUGAGACGUAUUUUUAACAGGUGUUACACUGCGGUUGAGAACUUAAUGGAUGAUACUGAUGGAGAGCCUCGGCAACGAGCAUACCUUUUCCUUACACUUCCUAGUAAGAAGGAAUAUGAUUAUUAUUAUACGGUCAUUAAUAAUCCAAUUGCAAUGGAUACAAUAAAACGUAGAGUCAAGACGAAUUUUUACCAAUCAGCAGCCCAAUUUCGGGAUGAUUGGCAUUUAAUGUUUAAUAAUGCAAGAACAUUUAACGAAGAAGCAUCAACAGUAUAUAAUGAUGCGGAAAAAUUACAAGAAGUAUUCGAUGAAACGUUUGAAGAGCUUUGUCCGGGAGGUCAAAUUCUUCCAUCAGGAGAUGAAAUGGAUAUUUAG